AUGAGUAUCAAAUUAAAUUCAGGAUAUGAAAUGCCAUUAGUUGGAUUUGGAUGUUGGAAAUUAGAUGAAUCGAAAGCAACAGAAGUAGUAUUAGAUGCAAUAGAAGUAGGAUAUAAAUUAUUUGAUGGAGCUCAAGAUUAUGGAAAUUGUGAAGCUUUAGGAAAAGCAUUUGCUAAAUCAUCAAUACCUAGAGAAGAAUUAUUUAUAACUUCAAAAUUAUGGAAUUCUUAUCAUCAUCCAAAUCAUGUUGAAGAAGCUUGUGAUAAAGUUUUGAAAGAUUUAGGAGUAGAUUAUUUAGAUUUAUGGUUAAUUCAUUUCCCAAUUGCUCAAGCUUAUGUUCCCAUUGAUAAGAAAUAUCCACCUGGUUUUACAUGUUCUUUACUGGAUGAUAAAUUUCAUUUUGAAGAUGUACCAUUACUUGAAACUUGGAAAGCAAUGGAAUCAUUAGUUAAAAAGGGUAAAGUUAGAUCAAUUGGUAUUUCUAAUUUUUCAGGUGCAUUAAUUCAAGAUUUAUUAAGAGGUUGUGAAAUUAAACCUGCAGUAUUACAAAUUGAACAUCAUGCUUAUUUACAACAACCAAGAUUAGUUGAAUAUGUUCAACUGCAAGGGAUUGCUAUUACUGCUUAUUCAUCUUUUGGUCCACAAUCAUUUUUGGAAUUAAAAAGUAAAAAAGCUCUUGAUACACCUACACUUUUUGAUCAUGAUGUUAUAAAAGCAAUUGCUAAAGCUCAUAAUAAAACUCCAGCACAAAUUUUAUUAAGAUGGACAACUCAAAGGAAUAUAGCAGUUAUACCAAAAUCAAAUAAUAAGAAGCGAAUGAUUGAAAAUUUAGAAGUUUUAGAUUUUAACUUAAGUGAAGAAGAAAUGAAAGAAAUUACAAAACUUGAUUUAGGUUUAAGAUUUAAUGAUCCAUGGGAUUGGGACAAGAUUCCAAUUUUCAUUUAA